AUGGCACCUCGCAAACCGGGGAUGUUUUCAGCCUGGUCCGGCGGGCGCAACCUUCUCUCCGGAGACGACACGGCCACUACCGGCUCCCGACGCCUGGGCUGGCUUAACAUCCUGCCAUUCACGUUGAAGAAUCAUGCUGUCGCCAUGAUCAGCGAGUUCGUCGGGACCUUCAUGUUCCUCCUGUUUGCCUUUGGGGGCACGAAUGCCGUCAACACGGCGCCGGCCGAGGAACAGCCACCCUCGCUCGCUGCCAAUCCAGCUAAACUGCUCUAUAUUUCACUUUGCUUCGGCAUGUCGCUCGCUGUGAACGCAUGGGUCUUUUUCCGGAUCAGCGGCGGGCUAUUCAAUCCCGCGGUGACGCUCGGGUUGAUGGCGGUCGGCGGCCUUGAAUACAUACGCGGAGCACUGGUCAUUAUCAGCCAGCUCAUUGGAGGAAUUGCGGCGGCGGCCGUCGUGUCGGGAAUCUUGCCUGGGCCGUUGGCGGUCUCGACCGGGCUCGGGGGCGGGACUUCUGUGGUCCAGGGGUUGUUCCUCGAAAUGUUCCUGACUGCCCAGCUCGUGUUCACCAUCUUCAUGCUGGCCAACGAGAAGCAUCGUGCGACAUUCAUUGCACCUGUUGGGAUUGGACUGUCUCUAUUCAUCGCGGAGCUGAUGGGCGUAUAUUAUACUGGCGGUAGCCUUAACCCGGCUCGGUCAUUCGGGCCGGCCGUGGUAACUGGCCAAUUUGAUACCUAUCACUGGAUCUACUGGCUCGGCCCCAUCAUGGGUGCGUUGGUGGCUUCUGGCUUCUAUCUAUUGGUCAAGUCUCUCGAGUACGAAAGCGUCAACCCUCAGCAGGACGAUACCGGGGAAGCCACCGUCCCGGCAGACCUGCUGUCGAAUGCAGAGAUACGGAGGAUCGAUAGCCUUGUGUCAGGCACGUCAAGGCCAAUAUUUCAGGAGUUGGCUAUCAAACUGGCCAAAGAGGGCCCAGUCAAACAUGAGCCGGCCAAGAGGCGUGUUCGGGGUGUCCUCGGCAGUCGAUUCAUUUUUGACACCCAAGAGGCCGAAUACGUUUGGGAGCAUCCAUACUAUCCGGUAUUUUACAUCCCCCUUAAAUCCAUCGAGGGGGGGCCUGGCAAACUCUCCAAGGAUGGACCGAGCGGCGAAGGCUACUGGAUAGGAUCUCUAGCCGUUGACCAGAGAAAGACGAGGCUUGUUUGUUUUGAAGGGGGUAGACUUGAUGGCCUGGUCAAGAUCACUGCAGGCUACCUCGAUGCCUGGUUUGUGGAGGACGAGAAGCUGUUGGGUCCGCACCCGAAGGAUCCCUACAAGAGGAUCGAAUGCCUUCACUCCACUCGUGAGAUCCGUAUCGAGGUCGACGGUCAGGUCGUGGCUCGGAGCACCAGCAAUGUGUUUCUGUUCGAGACUAUGCUCCGGACCCGUUAUUACUUGCCUCAGACGGCGGUCCUUGACUGGAGCAUGCUCAAGGAGAGCUCCUCGGGGUCUUUUUGUCCCUACAAAGGCCAAGCAAAGUACUAUUCCCUGAAAGUGGGCGACAAGGAGAUCGAGGAUGCAGUUUGGUAUUAUGAAUAUCCGCUCCCCGAGUCCGCUGCAGUCCAGGGACUUCUUUGCUUCUACAAUGAGAAGGUGGAUGUCUUUGUGGAUGGGAAGAAGGAGGAGAAAUAG